AUGUCGGAGGGGCAACGGUGUUUGGGGAUCGUCGUGCUCCUCGUCCACACCGUGAUCGGUACUGGCGAAGGGCCAUCACCCCCACCAUCAACAGAAUCGUCAACAAUUAGAGCAGAACAGAACGAGCUAACUGUCUCUUUCCCACCACUAGACGACAUAUAUGGCAGCACACAAGAGAAACAAUUCGGUACGGAGAACAACACCGUUGUAACAUCACAGACUGGAUCAACAGCGUUGCUGCCUUGCGUCAUCAGGAACAUUGGAGAUGGAAUUGUAUCUUGGAUAAGAAGAAAAGACUACCACCUGUUGACAGUUGGACUGACAACAUACAGCUCAGAUCAGAGAUUUCAGGCGAUACAUCUCCAACAUUCCGAAGAUUGGACAUUAAAAGUUCGAUUCGUACAAAAACGAGACGCUGGCAUAUACGAGUGUCAAGUAUCGUCGCAUCCGCCUACUAGUAUAUUCUUGCAGCUGGAUGUAGUGGAAGCCCGAGCGCAGAUCUCAGGGCCAACAGAAAAGUACCUCAAGCCGGGCUCCACAUUGCGGCUUCAGUGCUCCGUCGUUCAGACAACAGAGGCACCUGCUUUCGUCUUCUGGUACCACAACAGCAGGAUGAUCAACUACGAUCUGGAGCGAGGCAUCAAUGUCACCACGGACCCUGAGCAAAGGUUGUCCGACCUUCUCAUACCAGCUGCCAGCGUAUCCCAUGCAGGCAACUACACGUGUGUACCGAACAACGCCGUGCCUGCCAGCAUAUUCGUCCAUAUAUUUAAUGGUGAAAACCCAGCUGCAAUGCAAUCUUCAUCACCAAGCUACAUCCAGCUGAACAUCAGAAGACUACUCUAUACCCUGACACUACUCAACAUAAUUAUACGGUGACAAUUACAAUAAGAUCUCAUUAAACUAAAAUAUAUAUCUUAUUACGUAGAUAAUACGGGUGGUUUUAGCGCGAAAUAAAAUUUGAUACAUACAC